AUGACGCGCUAUUGGAGGAGAGGAUGGGUGCCGGAUCUCAAUCACCUCCCGCCUGUGGAUGAGCCUGUUCUUGAUGGGUUAAUUGGUUUCUCUGUUUUGCCCGAUUCAGGAGCGCAUAGUGGGGGUUUUACCCACCGGCUGUCGGGUUAUGUUGAGUUUUCCGACGAUGAGAUUGCUGUAAUCUCUCCCAGGACUUUUGCUCAGGCGAAGUGCAAUGUUACCAGAAACAAUGUGCGGAGGCUCCAUGACGUUUUGGGUGAAGCGGCACCUAGUUUCUUCGAUGCUGAGACGACAAUGUGUGGACAUUGUAAAAGGAAAAUGCCUGAAGGUGACAGCGAGCUGCUCCUGCAAUUAGGAAUCAGUAACAAGAAGGCAAAGAAUGUUCAGGAAGCCAUAUGCCCUGUACCUCCUCCAAACGAAUCCAUCUUCAGUUGCCCUGUAUGCAUGAGUGAUCUGGUCGAGCCAACUUCGACGAAAUGCGGCCAUAUCUUCUGUAAAGAGUGCUUAAGAAAAUCACUAGCAUCAUCAAACAAGAAGUGCCCUACCUGCAGGCAGAAGGUUGGCAGACGAGGCUUCUUCAGAGUCUACCUUCCCACAAGAAACUGA